GGCACACUGAAACUUUCUCACCAUCCCCCCCGAGUGGAAUAUAAGGGCACGAGGUUCUUGAGCUCUUAAGCACAACACCUUCUUUAUCUUCUUUCCCUUAUCCGGCCCAUUUCUUGGCGGGCAUUAGACAAACACCAAAUAAAGUCGACAACUCACGAGCAGAUCCCCAUAUGGCCCGAUCGCUCUUUCUCGCCGUAGCGCUGAGCUACCUUCUUUCCGUCAGUGCAUCUUCGCUCUCUGAUGCUGCUGCGGUAUGCCAAGAGCUCCAAAGCAGUCUUUCUUCAGCAUCAGCUGUAUUUUAUCCUAAUUCUACUGAAUAUGUAUAUGAUACGACACUCCCUGCCAGUUUCUUUAAUCGGGCUAAUGCGACUUGUGUUGUCGAACCGGGUUCCAACGAGGACGCUGCUUUAGUGAUGACCUCCAUUCGGAAUCAUAACCAGGCACCCUUCGGUGUUAUGGGAUGGGGUCACAAUCUUAAUAAACUAUUCUCAUCUACAACCGGAGUUUUGGUCGCCUUGAACCGUUUCAAUCAGCUGAACAUAACGGAUGCCCCUGGUCCCAACAACCAGGUUGCUUUGGUCAACGUGGGACCUGGUCUUAGCUGGGAUCAAGUUUAUGCCAAGACUGUUCCUCAGGGUGUCAACGUUGUCGGCGGACGCUUUGCUACUGUUGGUGUAUCUGGUUUGUCGCUUGGUGGUGGUUACUCCUGGAUCUCCAACGAACACGCUCUGGCUUGCGAUAAUGUUGCCUCUUACACUCUCAUUUCUCCCAACGAUUCGUCCAUCCUCGAAGUCAACAACUCGACAUAUCCUGACUUGUUUUUCGCCCUUAAGGGUGGAUUGAACAACUUUGGUAUUGUCACGAACUUCCAGCUUCAGGGUUACAACCAGACGAACAAAGUAUGGGCUGGAACUGUCUACACUCAACCUGGGAAUUCGGAUGCUGUUGCCGCUGCUUUUGCUAACUUCUCUGUCAACAACACUGACCCCAAAGCGCAACUUAUCGGGACUUUUGCCUACGGAAACAACUCGGCCUUUGAGAUCAUUGUGUUGUUCUACAACGGAGAGGAAGAGCCCACUAUGUUUAACGACUUCCUGAGCCUCCCCCAAUCUCAACCCACUGACUGGUCUUUGCGUACAUUUGACAAUUUCACUUCUGCCUCCCUUGCAACGGUUGGCUUUUUGAAUGGUGGUCGUACUCGAUACUCGACGCUCGCCGUUGAAGGAUUCCCUACGUCCGUAGUCCAGUCUUUCCAGAGCCAGCGUGACGCGCUUGGUCCCAAAUUGAAUGCGCUUGACCCCAAGUUCUUUGGAUCUUGGACGAUCGAGCCAUUCAUUCAGAGCUACUGGGACACCGCCGUUCCAUCUGCUGCCCCCCAUUCCAGCGCUCAUGUCACCUUCCCCCCUAAUAUCGAGUUCACUUGGUACACUGCACAGAAUGAUGACAUUAUGUUCGAUACCAUCUCCAACACCACUCAGGCACUCGUGAACUCCGCGUUGGCAGCAGGACAAAACGUUUCAGACCAGAUCAUCUACCCGAACUACGCCAUGCCUCAGGUCCCCGUUGAACACUUUUAUGGUGACAACCUACCAAGGCUCCGCCAAAUUCGCUCUGAUAUCGACCCUUACAAUGUUAUGUCCAGGGCUGGAGGUUACAAGAUUAACUAAACGAUACUAUAUCUACAGCCGUUUCUGCUCGGUGGCUUAUUUAUACGUACAUUUUGGCUACAUUUUGGACGUUAUAACUAUAUUUUUUUUUAUUCAAGCUAAAUAUAUAAAUAUCAUUGGUGUGUUAGAAGUGAACCUAGCUGAGCCAAGAUAUUGCUCUAAUGC